AUGGAUCACCCGUGUAAUACAGCACCUACCAUGAGACAGGAAUUUAUCGCUGUAUACGUCAUCACACUUGCGGUAUUAUUUGUUAAUUCGAUACUUUGUCGGCGCUUUGUGAAAUACAAGUGGUCUGACUCCGAAUGUUCAGUAUACACGCGCACGCCCUCACCUGAACCGAAGAAGAUUGCUACAAAGAAUAUCAAGAAAAGGAAAUCAUCCUCAGCCGCAAGGUCCGAAGUUGAAACAGAAAAUCGACGGGUACUACAUUCAUCCUCACCAACACCUUGCGCGCAAAAGAAAAAAACAACCAAAAAAGCACGAACGUCAACCAGUGAAAAUAAGAAUGUUGGCUCUAGUUCUUCCAAAAAAUCGCCUGAAACCGAUAUCUUCAAAAUCAUAAGAGAAGAAGAGAAGAUCACCAGCGAGGGCAGUUCGAAAACCGUCAAGACAACAUCAUCGUUUACCAGCCGCGUAUCGACAGGUUCUAGUCGACGCACUACGAUAACAGACGGUUUUCAAAAAAUGGCAGACAGCGAAGACAUCCCAAUUCCAUUUUCGCAAUAUGCACAAGAGUUUGAGCUACCACAAGAAUUUGACGAUAGCGACUUAUAUAAAAAAAUUAAAAAGAACAUCGAAAACCCUAAAGCCAAGAAACGUAAUAAAGUUAACAUUCAUAAUAAAGUAGUGAAAAGGACUCAAGGACACCCACCAUCUUUUGUGAUAAAUAAUCAUGAGAUCAAAGGCAAUAAACUGAUCAAAAUUCAAAUAAUCAACAUAACAGAGGAUGUAAGGGAUCAAAACGAUGAACAGAACGAAAAUGUAUUACUGAGCGCGCAGUAUGUUGCAGGCGAUAAUUUUGAUGAAAUUAUUGACAGCACAGAGGCUUUAAUAAAUAAAAUUUCAAAAAAAUUUGUGGAUACAGUACUAGUUAUUAAAGUUGUAUUUUAA